AUGGGCUCUCUUGAUGAUUUUGACCUUUAUCUUAAGAUAUUUUAUCGGAAAUUAUUUCCUUGUGAAUUAAUGUGCAAAUGGCUAUCAUGUGGUUCUAAACAGAUGUCGGAAGUCCUUUCUAGAAGGGAAUUUAGUUUCACAUUGCCUGGUGAUGUAUAUGUACGCUAUCAAAGUUUUAAUGAUUCGGCUUCCUUUCGCAAAGAGCUUAUAAAAUCAUGUCCCCACAAGAUUGAUAUUGGAGCCGUUUACAGUGCUCCACCAAAAUUACAGAGAUCACUAUCUUCUGUGGCAUUUACACCCGAAUGGAAGGAAUUAGUUUUCGAUAUUGAUUUGACUGAUUACGACGAAAUUCGAUUUUGUUGUGGUGCCCAAAAUCCUGAUGCCAAGACGCCUAUAUGUGAAAAGUGUUGGGAGUUAGCCAAGUGUGCUGUUAUCUGUGUGGAUCGGGCAUUGAGGGAGGAUUUCGGGUUUGAACACAUUCUCUGGGUUUAUUCUGGCCGUCGUGGCGUUCACUGUUGGGUUUGUGACCCUAUUGCCCGGCAUCUUGAUUCUGCUGCACGUAUGGCAAUUGUUGAGUACUUAUCUCUUACAAAUUUUACCGAAAUUCGAAAGAACAAAAAAUCAGCUCAACUUUCAGAUCAAACUUUCCAUCCAGCUAUUGAAUCGGCUGCGCGUCUCUUGAGCCCGCGCUUUUCAAAGUAUUGCAUUUCUCAAGAUAUGCUUGAUUCCCAUUAUCCCGAGCGUAUAAAAUGGAUUCUUAAGUACCUACCUAUUGAUAUGACCACUCACCGAGCCAAGCUAACUGACCAGUGGGUUUCUGAUAGUGGCGACAAUUGUUCAACAGCUAAACGAUGGAAUACACUCGAAAUUUUUCUACAAGAUGAAAAGCGUAACAAUGUUAUCAAGGAUAUUGUCUUGAAUACUCUUUAUCCCAGAUUGGAUUCUAAUGUAUCAAUAGGUCCCGGUCACUUGCUCAAGAGUCCCUUUUGUGUUCACCCGAAAACCGGUUUUGUUUGCGUUCCCUUUGAUGCUAAAGAGGUUGAAGAAUUCAAUCCUCUAGCAGUUCCCACUCUGCCCAGCCUAGUCGAACAGUUAUCUCAAACAACUGUCACAUCUGACGAGCCUACAGGGCAGCAUCUACUUGCUUACAAGAACACUGCUCUAAGACCAUAUGUCGAGUACUUCGAGAUCUUUGUCAAUCGUUUAUCGGCUUCUACUGGAGUCGAUAACGAUUUUUCACCACAAGAUGUUAACCUAUCGUAA